AUGGCCGACAUCUUUGCUGGGGACCCCCACGUCUCUUUCCUUCAUCGCUCCAAUGGCGUCGAUAUCUAUGGAUGGGUUCCAAAUCAAAAUUUACAGAAUUCUAGCAAGGAUGACAAAAAGCCCCAAAAAACUGCAGCCGAAACAGGGCACAACCGGGUCAAAGCGUUAACUUAUGCAUGCAGUGACAGACAGUGUGAGUUUUGGAACAAGUUAGGACUGAAUUUUGUCAGUAGCAAAAACAAGGGUGAACCGUGGGCGCCACUUUCACACUUCAAGUGGGCCCACAAAAGAUCAAGCCUACAAUCAAUGCCAACUGUUCCCGUGUCCGCGUCCACAUCGUAG